UAUAUGCAUAGAGCAAAUUAAAUUCUAUAUAACAUUUUUGUAUCGUUAGUGCAACAUGUUUAAGACCACAGAUAAACUAUUUCCUGUAUUAAAACUGAAUACGCCGGUCUUACGUUCGCGUGGAAGUCUCACAGGAUCUCACAAAUAUACAAAAAAUAAUGUUACAAAAGAAUUGAGUUCCCCAGUAAAAAAAAGUGGUAUGUUGCAGGACGGAUUGGAUUAACGAAUGCGCGCUAAAUCUGCCAAUUAUUGCCUUAAAUGGAGCAUCAUCUAUGUAUUAUUAUUUGCACUUUUAUUUUAUGAUUUAUCAUUUAAAUGUCCGCGUGCUUGUUCUAAAUGGUAUUGGGUUGAGUAUGCCUUAACAACAUAUGUAGCCAUAAGCGGUAUCAUUUGCGUGGGAAAAUAUUUAUAUUAUAUAUUAUCGACUGUGCCUCUUCGUGGGACAAUGGAACAACAACGUUUGUUACAAUUUGAUGAAAAUGAUAAAUCAUUUGUUGUUGGGGAAUUAGAUGAAAUAAAUGAUAAUUUGAAAUAUAAUGGCAAUGAAAUAACAAUUGACAGCAGUUUCCUUAGCUGGCAUUCAUCCUUUAAUGAUUCACGCAAUUUAGCGACGUCUAAUUUGCAUAGCAGAAGGCAAGGUUCUCCGAUACAUCAAAAUCUCAGUUCGCAGCAAAUGCAAUAUCAAUCGUUUAUCAAUUCUUCUAAUCCUAAUACUCUUGAGAAUAGCAACUAUAGCAAUAACAGCGCUUAUGCAUCACCUUAUCGAUAUACGCGCGAAGAUUUAAUUGAAGAUUAAGAAAGUAGAGAAAUACUUAAAAGAAACUUCAGAACUAGAGACUUUGAAUGAAACGCCGGACCAAUCUGGACUUUAUCACAAUAGUAACGUAAAAAACGCAUUCUGGAAUUAUUGUCAUAGCGCUGCACAUACACUUAAAACUUCAAUAUAUCAAUUAGCGCCACUACCAAGUAAAAUUUAUUAAUA